AUGGGCGCGGCAGCGUCGUGCUGCCUAGCGUGCUGCGAUCCGGAGCCACCGUUCGAACCGCAUUCCCUGUACGACCGCAGAACGCACGCGAUCCGCGACCUGCACCUCUGCAUUCAGUCCAACGCGGGCCGCAUCAUCCUGACCGGCACGUGCGUGCGGAUCGGCGAAGUCAACCGCAACCGUCGCUUCUAUCCCAAAGAGCCCCUCGAACGCGCCGUCGCCGUCCUCUGCGGGCGCUACUCCAUCCCGCUCUCCGGCACACCCUCCCUGCCCGAGCCAAACGAGCCCCCGCCCUCGGACGAACGCGACGGCCUGCUCGGACCGGGCGCGGCCUCGAGCUCCGCCGCGCCCGCCGCGGCUCCCCGCGCGCACGCGCAGCUCGCCCCGCCGGCGUUCACCGAGUCGCGGCCCCAGGAGCUGAUCGGGGCGCUGGAACACCCCCCGUACGACGACCCGGACUUCCGGGACCCCGCGCGCGGUACAGCCACGACGCACAGAGUCCUGGCGCUCGCUUGGGAGGGUCCGGAGCUCCGCGUCGCCCUCGAGAUCGACGGCGAGAGGAGCAGGGCUGCACGGGCGGUGGUGAACAGGCUGGCGCGCGGGGGGCGGUACGGGUGCUCGGUGCGGUGUUGGGGCACGCUGCGGCAGGGGCAGGGCGGAGAGUGGCGCGUGAUGGACGACCUCGAGGUGCUCACCGUGGACCUGGUGCGGCGCCCUGCCACCGACGGGGGCUGGUGCCGUCCCAUCCGUGGCAAGUGGCGAGGGAAGAUCGACGACUCGAUCUGA